GAAUAGGGAAAGCAUCACAUCCAACAACAUAUCAGUCCCAUCGAACAGAAGGUAGUUAAUUUUUUUUUUCUUUACAAUACUAUUUUGUGCUCACAAAAGGAAUUCCAGUGUAACAUGUUGAUCCGAGUUCAACAGCAAUGAAUGACAGUUUAAAUAACAGCCUAUAUGAUUACGACUAUGAAGAUGAAGUCUGUGAAAAAGGCUCGGUGGUCAAAUUUGGAUCCAUCGCCAUUCCUGUUUUCUUCUCUGUUGUGAUAACGCUGAGCCUCACAGGGAACAUCCUCGUCCUUGUUAUCCUGGCUCUGUACGAAAACCUGAAGUCUUUCACCAACAUUUUCAUCCUCAACCUGGCCAUCUCUGACCUCGUCUUCACCACCGGUCUCCCUUUCUGGGCCAUUUACUACAUCUGGGGAUGGGUGUUUUCAGAGAUUCUCUGCAAAAUUGUGACUUUCGUCUUCUUCACUGGGUUUUACAGCAGCAUCCUCUUUUUGACCAUCAUGACCAUCUACAGGUAUCUGGCCGUUGUCCACCCUCUCUCUGACCUGAGCACACCAAAAUUCAGCACCGGCGUUUUUCUGUCUUUCUUAAUGUGGAUAAUCAGUAUUGGAGCAGCCAUGCCUUCUUUGUUCUACAGCUCUCUCGUCAAAAUCCCCCACAAGGGUAAACACUCUAUGGGCUGUGAAUGCCAAACCAUCAUGUGGGAAAUCAUAGCUGUUUCUCAACAGAAUAUUUUCUUCAUGGUUGCUUUUGUGGUGGUGGGUUUCUGCUACAUCCAAAUACUGGGAAAAAUCACAAGAACAAGAUCCCACACAAAGAACAGAGCAGUUAAGUUAGUCUUCUGUAUCGUGGCUGUGUUCUUCAUCGGCUGGGUGCCAUACAAUGUGGUCAUCUUUCUGAAGACUUUGGCUGACAAUUUGGUGCCACCGUUUGAUAACUGUGAGUUGAGCAUCCAGAUUGAUUAUGCGUUCUAUGUGUGCCGACUCAUUGCUUUCUCCCACUGCUGCCUGAACCCUGUCUUUUAUGUGUUUGUUGGUGUGAAGUUUAGAAGUCAUUUGAAAUCAAUGCUGCAUCAAAUGUUCAGUAAGCCAAAUCCAGUCAAGGAACAGCAGGCUAGAGCACAGAACUUCAUCUCACACGGAUCAAUGUACUAGUUGCUGUUCAAUUAUAUAAUUUUUCUUGAAUUUGCUUGUGCAUCACUGAUUUUAAAAAAUGCAUUCAGUGCGUAUUUGGUAGGAUCCACUUGGUUCAUAUGUUGCAGUUUGCAUGCUGCACUCAAAAUCCAAAUGUGACUUUUGCUGUUUACUGUUGGAUUUGUGCCUCUGUGUUAAACCUUUUUCAUAACAUGUAGCUUGUACAGGAUGAAGUUAAUUACUGGCAGUUUUAAAGGAGGUCAUGUUUUUAAUGAGCAGGUGAAAAUAGGAAUUUGUUGCUGUGGAAGUGGCGCUACUAUAGUAAAUAUCGUCACAGUGCCAAUGAUGCUUAAUCAUAAAUAUAAAUGAGUUAUUACUUAUCGCUUAUCAUGAUUUUUUUCCUAUAAAUUUUUCUGACUGUUUCAUUAUAUACAAUAGCUAAAUAUUGGGGGUUUUUUUUUACAUAUAUUGUCAUUAAUUGCAAGGACUUUGUUAAAAAUGUUGUUUGUUAAUGUUUUUUUGUUUUCAUAUGUUCAAUUCUGAAAAACUGCAUUUCUUCGUUCCUUUGUACAAUAAAAUCAACUGACAAUGAUUUUU